UCUCGGUCUUAGCUAUUUUGCAUCGCAGUUUCAGCUAUUUAUCGGAUGCUUUCCAGCCAGAAACAGCUAUUUUUUCCUCCAAUUAUUUUCCUUUUUUUGUGUGUAAAAUGUCGAGUCGUGAAAAACGUAAUUGCAAUGCCAAUUUAGUUAAUCAAAGAGCUAGUGGCCAAUGUGCAAGCCAAUAAUGUUAACCGUUUGACGGCAUUACACCAACUGCAUGGCAGCGUCUGUCUAGCCAAAACAGCCAGCAGCCAAGCAAAGUGAAGACGAGUGAGUGAGUGCGAGCGAGCGAGCGAGCAAAGGGUGCGAGCGGAGCGAAGCGCAUUUAGUGUGUUUUGUGUGUGUAUAUAAUGGACAAGUUAAAAAACAACAACAAAGAGCAUGCAGUUAUUGCAUCAAUUGAGUGCCCCUAUACCAACGCUGCUGAUGCCGAUGUGGACGUGGAGAGCAACAAGAGCACGCCCACUCCAUAUUAUACACCCCUGGACUUUCUUCAGACCUCCUUUGAGUUUCCAUCACCCACAGCAACAGCAACACCAACAACAGCUGCAUCAAUUGAGCGUCCAGGCGAUGAGGAUGCCCAAUAUACACCCAAACAAUUUACAAUUGCCAACCCAAAGUUGCCGCAAUCGCCGACGACGUUAAAUCGUAAAUUUAAACGAUUCUCACUGUACGAUCGACGGUCGUGCUCGCCACAGGACGGACGGAUCUUUGCCAACAAGGAGAAUACAAUACCAAAAAAGUGCAGCGCCGACAACGAUCACGAUAGUUUGUAUUUGUCGAAAAGCGAACAUAACUCACCCACAAUUAUUUUUAGAGAUGAGAGCUCAACGACACCGAAUCCGAAUCCAAAUCCGAAUCUCCUCAACGAUUCCUCCAGCCGCCUUAGCUAUUCACCCAAACUUCUGGCCUCCAUAAAUAAUCUCAAUCUGAAUCAAUCACUCUCCGGUUCUCCCUUGAACAUUAUCAACUCGGCGGGCUAUAAAAAUGGGAACUUCUUUCGCUUUCCCGAAAUUGAUCAUGUGGUGCAGGAUGUGGUUCAGGUGGUGCCCACCACUACCACUACGACUAUCACAGCAGCCGUGUCAGCUGAGCAGCAGGAGGACAAUCAGCAUCAGCAAUCAAAUGAGGUUUUAGUUGUCCAGGAGGCGGGACGCAAGAAUCGCAAGAAUAAAAAUAAUCUCACCAUACGCAUCACAGAUGUGCAGCUGGCCAGCAAGAGUCAGCUGUCGCCGUCAUCUCUCGUUAAGCCCAAGACACCCACCAUUAAGAGCACCAAGGAAAAGGCGCGCUCCUUGGACUCCGCUGCCAAUGAGACGGAGCUGUCGAUUGUGGUGCAGCACAUUAAGGAAUCUCACGACAUGUCCACACCCUGCAGCAGUAGUCAUGUUAGUCAGGGUAACAUGCUCAUACAGCCAACCGCCUCCAGCCUUUACUCCACCUCCCUGUCCCGCUUGGAUUCGCAUCAAUCCUUGCACAGUCGCCGCACAACGCGUCGCAAAUCGCCGGGAUUAAACAGCAGCGAUUGGCAAAUGUACCAUCGCAAGCAGCAUCAAUAUCAGAGCUCUCUGGAUGCGGAUGAGCAGAAGUCCGCUUCCAGUGUGGACAGCAGCAGCAGUGCCAAGUUUACAUUGGGCGCCAAUUUGGCACCUCGCAGUGCCCACAAACUCAAUCCCCUGCUGCACUCGUCCAGCACCAACUUGAAGACGUUGCCCGAGUGUCUGACUCUGGUGGAGUUCACACCCAGCGCUGUGGCGGUGGAGUCGCCAUUUAAGCAAAAGUCCAUGGAUUUGCCGGCUAAGAGCAUGGCCGGUUCCAUGAAUCUUCUACAGCGUCGUGGCUCCAAUCAUAGUCUUACCUUGAAUCUGCACAGUUCGUGUGGCAACCUGAUGAACAGCGGUCUGAGCGUGUCCAACUACAGCUUGGGCUCUGUCAGCAACUCCAAGUCCAGCUGCAAUCUGGAGCAGCAACAGUUGCAGUCGCAGUCACAGUCACAGCAGCAACAGUUGCAGCCGCAGCAGCAAUUGACUGUCGCUGCGCGUCAGGGAUUGUUCCGGAGACGUGGCUCCAAUCACAGCAUCACCUUGAAGAGUCACACAACCAACUCGUGUGGCGAACUCAGCUCCAUGGCCAAUCAGACGCCCAAGCGUGGUCUUCUCGAGCGUCGCGGCAGCAAUCAGAGUCUCACCCUCAACAUGAGUGGCCAACUGAUGGCCGGGGGGCAGGAGCAGCUGCAUCCACAGCCCAAGCUGACCGUGUGCAGCUGUGGAGCUGCCUCGGCCGCUCAAGCGCCGCAUCAGCGUAAAUUCUUUAGCACCGAGAAUCUGAAUAGCAAUCGUGGGAGCAAUAAUUCCCAGUACUUGGAGUUUAGCAAGCCACCCUUGUGCUUUGGUUCCGCCUCCGAUCUGCAGCCCAGCGAGCAGUCUAAGAUCAAGUCACCAGCUGGUCAUGGUCACAACGAGCCGGGAGUUGUCCUGUGCAGUUGCAGUUGCUCGACGGGAGUGGGUGGUGUCGUUGGUGGCAUACGCAACAUUAUGACACGUCCUUUGUCCCCGCAGGCCACAACUGAGGAGUUCAAGAUUUACUUGGCCAGCAUCCAAAUGCUGCAAAGUGCGACAAAUCCGCUAAAUCAAUACGAUCUGAUCAAGCUAAAUUACGUAUUUGAUCACAGCUACAAGGCGAACUUGGAACAGCCGCCGGUUCUAGUGCUGGGACGUGAAGGCGGCACACCCACCAAUCAGUUGCCGCCCACAUCCGAGGAUAGCGAAUUGCUGGCCAUGUAUCAGGCGGUGGUCGAGAGCAUUGUCACAUCCCUGCCCCAACUGGAUGGCGAUGAGCAGAAGCGCAUCUUCCGUGAACUGCACAAGGAGUUCUGGGAUCUGCCGCUCAACCAUCAGGAGAAGCCCAUGGUCGUUGGUUCCCAGACAAAGAAUCGCUACAAAACAAUACUCCCCAACGAACAUUCGCGUGUGCUGCUCGAGAGUGAGGCCACCGAGCUGUCCAAUCUGAAGCAGCAACACCAACAGAGCUGCCUCAUGCCGCCCCAGGCCAGCACUGAGGAGCUGAUGGCCAAGACGACGACGACGACAACGCUGUUGGCCAACGAGGAUCUGCCCUACAUCAAUGCCAAUUACAUCAAGGGCCCAGACUACGUGUCCAAGUGCUAUGUGGCCUCCCAGGGACCGCUGCCCAACACAAUAUACGAGUUCUGGCUGAUGGUCUAUCAGAAUACGCAGCGUUACAUUCGCCGCUGCUUGGACGGAGGCAGCAGUCCGCAUGUGGACAAGUCGCAUAUAUUGCAACAGUACUAUCAGAAGAUUGUGAUGCUCACGAAUUUCACGGAGAACAGUCGACAGAAGUGCGCCAUCUAUUUUCCCAUCGAGGUGAAUGAGAUAUUCGCGGUGGCGUCCAAGAUCGAGGUGUUUGAACUAAGCGCGCUGGCACGCGAAUACUUUGAGCCAUAUUUGUUGCCAACACCAUUGCAGGCGGAGAGCGCAGAGGAUGAGCCACGUGAACUGCUGCGGCCGGAAGGGGAGCGGGAACGAGAGGAGCUCAACAAUCGUUGGCACAUUGCAGUUGACUCGGUCAAGGUGACACUAAAUGAGACACUGCGUCGCAUGUUGCCCACCGAUGGCAGUUUCUUUUUGGUCAAGAACGUGGGCAUUGUGCGACGUAAUGGUUACUCCGUGCGGAAGCUGGUAUUGCUGUACUGCAUCAAUGUGCCGGAGAGUGCGGGUCGAUUGGAGUAUUAUUUGCAAAAGAUCUGUUGCUAUCACUAUUGGUAUCCAGAUUGGCCGGAUCAUCAUUCGCCGCGGGACAUCAACACGCUGCUGGACACCUGUUUGCAUGUGCUCAACUUGGGCAAGUGCGAGUCCGAGUUUGACAACUAUGACGAGAAGCGGAGCACGUGCAAUGCCCAUUUGAUGGCACAACGUUUGGAGAUUUACAAGCAGGAUAUAUUCAAUGCUGUGCAACCGUUGCCCAUUAUCCAUUGCUCGGCAGGAAUUGGACGCACCGGUUGCUUUACGGCCAUCAUGAAUGCUGUGCGCCAGUUGAGGCAAUCUCUGGCAUAUUCGCUGACGGGCAUGUUGAGCAAAACUCUGACCAUGGCGGACAUGACGGACACAGCUCGAGAGGCUACUGAGAAUGCCGCCGAUGCGGAUACAGAGAGCAGCUUUAGCUGCAACACAAUCCUCCACAUCCGGCACAUUGUGGAGACGGAGACGGAGCAGUGCGUCAGCUUUGAUAAGCUGCCAAAGAUGCCAGACAUCUUUGUCGAUAUACUGGGCAUUGUGUGCAAUCUGCGACUGCAACGCGGUGGCAUGGUCCAGAAUUCCGAGCAAUACGAGCUCAUACAUCGCGCCAUUUGUCUCUAUUUAAAGCGAACUUUGGCGCUUCGACGUUUUUAAAUAAGAAUUAAAGGAUGAAGAAUCUGAAGUUGAAGUUGAACUUGACGAAGAACAAAACACCAAUUUACUAUUUGUAAAAGAA